GGUGACCGGCUGUGGGGUUCUAGGGCUGUGGGUGGGGCGGUGGCCGCAGUUGAGGGUUUCACGUUUGGGCUGUAGCGAGGGUGAGGGACUCGUCCGCCUCUGGGAACCUGGUCGAGGGCCCAGGGCCGGGGGCGUUGGAGGAAAUCGCCCCGAGCUGUUCGCCUCUGACUGGAGGCGAGGCGACCCUGGGAGCCGGCGUCCCGCCCCCGGCGGCCUCCUUCCCCGACCCUCCUCCCGGGCUGAGCUCGAGCCGCUCCAGCUCUGCCUCGAGAGCUGCUGUGGGAACCGCCGAGCGGGCUGGACUGAACCUUCCCGCUGAGGACCAGCUUGAGAAGAGGGAGCGAGGCGGGUCAGUCCGUCAGCCCAGAGGUCAGGCCGCGGGUUCCGUCAGUCGUCCGCACUUCGCCCAGCCCUCCUGGCUAGGGUCGCGACCUCCUCACGCUGUUUCUGCUCCUGCUUUGAGCAUGCCACCAGGUCCUCUGGCAGGGUGAUUUUUUUUUUUUUCUUUCCCUCCUUGCUUUUGCCCGGAAGGAGAUAUAUAUUUAAAGGACAUCUGCCCUCAUCGCUGUCCUUCUCCUUUUAAAAGUUUCCUUCGGGGGAAUGCUUGUAUUCCUUCCCUGGACUGUUUGAUGAUUACUGCUCCAGCCGCCGGCUGGUUUAGCAAUUGGGAGCCCUUUCAGAUCAGAUCUUAAAUCUUAUCACUUACAAAACUACUCUACAGAGUUGUUUCUCCCGCCCAAGAAGGGCAGAUGGACUUUGGAGUUAAGAUGCAGGGGGGUGAACCAGUGUCAGCAAUGAAAGUCUCAGAGAGCGAAGGAAGGCUGGAGGGCCUGGCCACCGCGGUGACCCCGAACAAGAGCAGCAGCAACAGCAGCUGUGGGGGUGGAAUCAGCAGCAGCAGCAGCAGCAGCAGCCGAGGCGGCAGUGCCAAAGGCUGGCAGUACAGUGACCACAUGGAAAAUGUGUAUGGCUACCUAAUGAAGUACACCAACCUUGUCACUGGGUGGCAGUACAGGUUUUUUGUUCUAAACAAUGAAGCUGGGCUGUUGGAGUAUUUUGUGAAUGAACAGUCUAGAAAUCAAAAACCCAGAGGUACUUUGCAGCUUGCAGGAGCUGUAAUAUCACCCAGUGAUGAGGACUCUCAUACCUUCACUGUAAAUGCUGCCAGUGGGGAACAGUAUAAACUCAGAGCCACAGAUGCUAAAGAGCGACAACAUUGGGUUAGCAGACUUCAGAUAUGUACACAACACCACACUGAAGCUAUUGGCAAGAAUAAUCCUCCUCUGAAAUCACGGAGCUUCUCACUUGCAUCUAGUGGUAAUUCUCCUAUAUCCCAGAGGAGACCAAGUCAAAAUACCAUUUCCUUUUUUAAUGUUGGACAUUCCAAACUACAAUCAGUGAGCAAAAGAGCUAACUUACCUCCAGACCAUCUUGUGGAAGUCAGAGAAAUGAUGUCUCAUGCUGAAGGACAACAAAGAGACUUAAUUAGAGGAAUUGAAUGCCUUCCUGCUUCUGGCCAUCUUAGUUCCUUGGACCAGGAUCUCUUAAUGCUCAAGGCUACUUCCAUGGCAACUAUGAACUGCUUAAAUGACUGCUUUCAUAUUCUCCAGUUACAGCAUGCAUCACAUCAGAAGGGCUCAUUGCCUUCAGGAACGACAAUCGAAUGGUUAGAACCAAAGAUACCAUUAUCAAACCACUAUAAAAAUGGAGCCGACCAACCCUUUGCAACUGAGCAAAGUAAGCCAGUGGCAGUCCCAGAAGAGCAGUGUGUUGCAGAAUCUGGACUAUUAGCAAGGGAACCUGAAGAAAUAAAUGCAGACGAUGAGGUGGAGGAUACUUGUGACAAUAAGGAGGAUGACCUGGGAGCUGUGGAAGAGCAACGCAGUGUUAUCCUACAUCUCUUAUCACAGCUCAAGCUGGGCAUGGACUUAACAAGAGUGGUGCUUCCUACAUUUAUCCUAGAGAAGCGUUCCUUGUUGGAAAUGUAUGCAGACUUUAUGUCUCAUCCAGACCUAUUUAUAGCCAUCACUAAUGGAACUACAGCUGAGGACAGGAUGAUUCGUUUUGUUGAGUACUACCUUACCUCAUUUCACGAAGGCCGCAAGGGAGCCAUUGCUAAGAAACCAUACAAUCCUAUCAUUGGAGAAACGUUUCACUGUUCCUGGAGGAUGCCCAAAAGCGAGGUAGCAUCCAGUGUCAUUAACAGCUCUUCUACCCAGGCCAUCACAAAUCAUGCACCUCCAUCAGAGGAGGCUUUGAACCAGAUGGGUUCAGACUGUUACAUGGUCAGAUUUGUUGCCGAGCAGGUUUCCCAUCAUCCUCCAGUCUCAGGAUUUUAUGCAGAAUGUGCAGAGAGGAAGAUGUGUGUAAAUGCACAUGUCUGGACUAAGAGCAAAUUCUUAGGCAUGUCGAUAGGCGUGACAAUGGUUGGGGAAGGUAUCCUUAGUCUGCUGGAGCAUGGAGAAGAGUAUACGUUUUCUCUGCCUUGUGCAUAUGCCCGGUCAAUUUUAACUGUUCCUUGGGUAGAACUGGGUGGCAAAGUCAAUGUCAACUGUGCAAAAACUGGGUACUCUGCCAGCAUCACUUUUCAUACUAAGCCAUUUUAUGGUGGCAAACUGCACCGGGUUACAGGUGAAGUAAAGCACAACAUCACCAACACUGUUGUAUGCAGAGUACAAGGAGAAUGGAAUAGCAUUCUUGAGUUUGCUUACAGCAGUGGAGAGACAAAAUACGUGGACUUGACUAAGUUGGCAGUGACGAAGAAAAGAGUAAGACCUUUGGAGAAGCAGGAUCCAUUUGAAUCCAGGCGAUUGUGGAAAAAUGUGACAGACUCUCUGAGGGACUCCGAAAUCGAUAAAGCCACAGAGCAUAAACGUACCCUGGAAGAACGCCAGAGGACUGAAGAAAGGCAUCGUACUGAAACAGGCACACCUUGGAAAACCAAAUAUUUUAUUAAAGAGGGAGAUGGCUGGGUUUAUCACAAACCCCUUUGGAAAAUAAUUCCAACAACACAACCAGCAGAGUGAUACAUACUAUCUAAGACUCAGCUAAAUGAACUUCUCUGUUUACCCUAAACCCUCCCAGUAUGGAGUCAUUGCACUGAGUGAACUGCUUCCUGAUUGCACAGACUGAAACUAAUUACACACGAAUGUACCGAUUAGGGCACCAUAGAACUGUAGCAAGACCAAAGUGUGGAAGAAGCAUGAUGGACUUCUCACCAAGCUGUUCAUGUGACGUGAGCAAUAUCAUCUGAAAACCUUUCACCUGAAUUAUUAGAUGAAUAAUCUCUUAUCCAGUUUCUGCUCCAGAAGCUAAGUUUGAAUCCCCUGUUUUUGCAUGGGGGCAGCAGAUAAACACAAUGAGAACUCAGUGAUUUUAAUUUCUUUAUAGUGAAAAUUGAAGUCUCUUUUAGAGUUUGUGCUUUGCUUUCUGUUAGUAGCUGAAGUAUUCGCUACUCUUACAACAAACCAAGAGGAGGAAGAAGAUGACCCAGAAGUGGCUUCAGCCAUUGUGCCUGAAAUCAGUGUUAAAAAAAAAAAAUCAACCAGGUUGUCAUAACAAGGCAUUCUGUUCCUUCAAAGAGACUGUGUGCCUGUGUCUGAGGAACUUAUCCAUUAUCCACCUCUGUUGGAACUCUCUUUUAAAAAGUAUAUUUAUAAAUUGAUUAGAAUUAUAACCAUGGAGAAUUUUUUCUUCUGAGCAUUUUAAUAUACUUGAAAACAACAUUGACUUGAAAAAUUUCAGAACAUUUUUCAAUACCUAGUUUUAUUAAAUAUUAUACUUGAGAGACAAUUUUUUUAAAUGUGUUCAUGUCAAUAUGAUGAGAUUUUGGCCUUUCUCAAGAACUGAGGCAUUAAAGAACCUAGCAAAUAUUUAAAAAUAAAGCUGUUACUGUUUUCCUUACCUUUUUUUCAUUUGUAGGUUAAUAUCCAGUAUUAUGUGCUAUCCCUCUGGAUAAGUAUGCUUUAUUUUACCUCCGUUCACUCAAAAUUUAAAAUAACUAUUCCUAUUUGUCAGUAAUUCAGAAUUUGAAUAUGUAUGUAUAGUAUGGUUUUGUUUUCUUUUCAAGGAAACUCAAAUGCUAACGAAAAAGUAUGAAAUAAAAAGAUACCAGGAAAAAAGGUAUCAGGAAGUUGUAUUCAGGUACAAAUCUUUUUUUUUUUUAAGUAUUUUAUUGAGGUUGAAGAAUUACUGACAAAAGAAUAGUGCUAAUUAUGGCUUUCAUCAUUCAUUCAAGUAUUUAUUGAGCACCUACUUAUGGUACUCAACAGUUGUUUUACUGCAAGCUACCUUAAUUUUCCAAGAGUGGUGCCUUACUCUGUUUCUCCUGAUGUGGUCUUCCAAUCAGUGUGUGUAACAUAUACCUAUUAUUCAUCAGCCGUUGUAGGUGGCUGUAUCUGUUGCAUCAACAUUAAGAUGUUUAAGCUUUGUGCGCUGAUAAAUUGUGUUUUAUUGAAGGGGGUUAAUAGGAUGAAAACAGUAAAAUAAUUUUUUCAACAAAUUGUAAAUUGUAAGAAGAUAAUUGGUUUAUGUACAACCAUUUUAAUGAUUCCCUUGUUCAUUUUUGCUGUGAAAUGCACUGAAAAAAAUCUCAAAAUGAAUUAAAGUUCAUGUGUUGGAAAGAUUAAAAAAUAAUAAAACUGGACAACAGUGA